GUCUCCCUGUAAGUCCUCCGUGUAGAAACUACAUCCUCCUCCGUGCUGCUCGGCCGCUGGCUGUCAUUCGUCCGAGCGGAGCCUGCCGGUGCGAUCGUGGCGCCGGAGGAGUGGAGCAGAGAGAGCCGCAUGUAAAUGAACACCUCCACCUCCUCCUCCUGCGUGUGUUUGUCACCUGCGGAUCUCGCCUCCUGCCCCCCUCUUCUUAGAGCUGACCUUUACCGUCUGCCGUGGACACAAAUCGGCUAAAGUGCACUUCUUCGGAGCGGACAUCUCCGGAUAAUCGCUGCCGUGUGGAGCCGCCGUCCUUCGCUUCAACACGGUGUGUGCCUCUCUGCCGACCCCUGCUGACCAUGCAGAGCGUCUGUGCGGUGGUGCUGGCCCUCGCUGCUGCUGCCCUCAGCUCUGCAGACUCGGAGACGCACAGACCAAGACAUGACUCCAACCUGGAGAUCUACAAACGUCUGUUUGAGACGAAGAGGAAAGAUCAGCUGAAUGCACUGAAGAAUCUGGUGGAGCUGAACGACAUCAACCAGCAGUACAAAAUCAUCGACAUCAUGCUCAAAGGGCUCUUUAAGGUGUUGGAGGAUUCAAGGCAAGUCCUGAUUGCAGCCAACAUGCAGCCUGAUGAUCCUUUCCCCAUGGACGAUAAAAUCAAAGAAGCUUAUUCCCAUGUGGUGGAGAACACGGCGUUUUUUGGCGAUGUAGCAUUGCGUUUCCCCCGUAUCGUCCACCAUUACUACGACCGGAAUGCAGACUGGGGCGGUCUGCUGCGCUGGGGCCUCAACUUCUGUAACCAGACAGGAGUUUUCACAGGAGGAGCCCACCAACACGUUCUCACACUAAUGUCACAGGAGCUGGGGAUAACAGAGAAAACCCCAGACUUCACAAAUCCCUACCGCACAGAGAGAGACGAUGUGCUUCACACUGCCGAAGCUUUCCAGAAAAUCCUGAGGGAGGAGGAGAAGAGGAGGAGGAAAGAAGAGAAGAGGAAAGAAAUCAGGAAAGGGCCUCGGAUCUCCCGCUCUCGCACCGAGCUAUAGCGCCGCACCUCACCUCACCUCAGCGCUCGCCAAGAGGAGAUGACGAAGACGGAGCAAAACGCACAGUCCACAAGAGGUGGCUUGACUUGUCGACUCAGGUGACAGUGAAGGAAAAAAAGAAAGCUGUCAUCACAUUUUAAAGCCAGGUGCUCUUUUAAAAACAAGAUGAGAAGCCUCAAAAUGACAAAAAGAUAACGAGGAGGUCAGUCCGUUUCUGACCAAGGUCUGAAUCGCUGUCGUCUGCAGUGAUUUAUAAUUAGAGAAUUUAUGAUAGAAGAGGUACAAGCCGUCUCCAGAAAAAGGAGCUGAUAAGGGAAAUGAUUUUUGAUACCUUGAAGUUAUUUAAAUGUACUUUGGAAUAUAAUUAAUUUAGUGGAAUAAAUUUGCGUCAAACCCCCACUGUAUUGUGUCCGUUCUAGACUAAACGUGUCUCAAACCCACAUGCUUCAAACGUGUUUGCCAAAUAUAAAUCUCACCUCACCUCAUGAAAUCCAGACAGCUCCAGGUUUGGUGAAGCUUGAACUGAUUAAGGUGGAAUAGUUUCAUUUUUUCUCUUAAACUGAAAUUUAUUAGAGCGAUUUAUAUGGGAUGUUUGCAAAGGGCAGAUUUAAGUUCUUAUUGCUGCUUUAAGGACGGAAGUUUGGUUUUACCUGAAGGACGGUUUAUUGGUUUAUAUUCAUAUUUUCAUGUUUUUUUUCAUGAUUUCUGUUUUAUCAGAGGAAUUUUGUUUCUUUUUCAUGUUUACAGUAUCUUUAAAUCAUUACUCCUUCUUUUCAGUCUUGCUUUUCCUUCAAUGAGCUUUAGUCAAGAAAUGUUUUUGUCACGAUAAAUUCUAUGAUGCUAGUAAAAAUCAAACUAUAUUGAUACCACAGCAACCAAAUAAAGGUCAUAAAGGCA